CUCUCACCGCCUUCACCAGCACGCCACCCUCCGUCGCCCCCUCUUUCCUAUAUAUAUAUAUACACACUCUCUCCUUCCUCUCCCUCCUAUCCGGGUCGGUUUCUUCUCCCGGGUUACAAGCCCAAUUAUCACUCUCAAUAAUAUCAGGGAACACCCUCAAAACUCCAUUUCCAAUUCAAUCUCUCAUCAGCACAAUCUUCAUUUGCCCACUUUCCGAUCAGAUUUGUUGCUGCAGUUUCUAUUUGUGUGUGUGUGUGGAGGUUUUUUUGGAUCAAUUUGAGUUGAGGAGCAAACUGUUGGGGGAUAGGAGUGAGGGUUUGGUGGCUUCGCAGAAUAUGGCUUCUCAGGUCCGAAGUGAGCGUAGGGAGAAUAAUAAUAGGUCCAGGAAUCCUGCUCAGCCUCGCUGGGUGCCCAGAGGAUCCAACCCUACCCCCGCCGCCGCUGCUGCCGUCAACCCGCCGAGCUUUGGUUCGAACCUACCCGAUGGGAAUGCAGGGAUGCCCAACAACAGCUCUGAAGCCGGCGAGGGCCGGCAGCAUAGAGGAGGACAUGGUGGAAAUGGAGGGCAGCAGAACCACAUUUCUGCACCAGCAGAGAGUCGGCAGCAUAGAGGAGGAUAUAGUGGAAAUGGUGGGCAGCUCAAUUAUGUGUUGGCGGCACCGUCAGAGAGUCGGCAGCAUAGAGGGGGACAUAAUGGAAAUGGAGGCCAGUCCAACUACAGCUUCACAGCAUCGGAUGGUCGGCAGCAGAGAGGAGGACAUAAUGCAAGUGUGGGGCAGUUCAGUCACAGCUCUGCGACAUCAGAGAGUCGGCUGCAUAGAGGAGGACACAAUGGGAAUGGAGGGCAGUCCAAUCACAGCUUUACAUUAUCGGAGAAUCGGCAGCACAGAGGAGGACAUAAUGGUUCCAGGGGUAAUGUGCUUCGGCCAAUGAAUCAUAGAAGGGAGGGGGAAAGGAGUGAGAGUCAGGAGGGGAUGGGCAUGAAGGACUCUAGUUUGCCGCAGCUUGUGCAAGAAAUUCAGGAUAAACUGACUAAGGGCACUGUUGAGUGCAUGAUUUGUUAUGAUAUGGUGAGGAGGUCUGCACCUGUAUGGUCCUGCUCAAGCUGUUUCUCGAUUUUCCAUCUGAAUUGCAUCAAGAAAUGGGCUCGAGCUCCCACUUCUAUUGAUAUGUCUGCAGGGAAGAAUCAGGGAUUUAAUUGGCGGUGUCCAGGAUGUCAGUCUGUACAGCUCACAUCGUCAAAGGAGAUUCGCUACAUGUGUUUUUGUGGUAAGCGGACAGACCCACCUUCGGAUUUGUAUUUGACACCACAUUCAUGUGGAGAACAUUGUGGGAAGCCACUCGAGAAGGAGGUCCCAGGAAAGGGAAUGAGUAAGGAUGAUCUUUGCCCGCAUAUGUGUGUCUUGCAGUGCCACCCAGGUCCAUGCCCUCCUUGUAAAGCAUUCGCACCGCCACGAUUAUGCCCUUGUGGAAAGAAAACAAUAACUACAAGAUGCUCAGAUCGGACUUCUGUUCUGACUUGUGGCAAUCUUUGUAGUAAGCUUCUUGAUUGUGGGCGUCACCGCUGUGAGCGGAAGUGCCAUGUGGGUCCUUGUGAUCCUUGUCAGGUUCCAUUCAAUGCUUCUUGCUUCUGUCUGAAAAAGCUGGAGGUCGUUCUUUGUGGAGAGAUGAUAGUAAAGGGAGAGGUGAAAGCAGAAGAUGGUGUUUUCUCUUGCAGUUCUAGUUGUGGAAAGAAGCUUAGCUGUGGCAAUCAUGUUUGCAGUGAAAUUUGUCAUCCAGGCCCUUGUGGAGAGUGCAUUUUAAUGCCACGGAAUAUCAAGACAUGCCACUGUGGGAAAACAAGCUUGCAGGAGGAACGCCAGAGUUGUUUGGAUCCGAUUCCCACUUGUUCACAAAUAUGUGACAAGACUCUCCCUUGUGGGGUGCACCAGUGUCAACAGGUGUGCCAUACUGGUGAUUGCCCCCCUUGUUUGGUUAAAGUAACCCAAAAAUGUCGCUGUGAAUCAACUUCUCGGAAUGUGGAGUGCUGUAAAACAACAAUGGAGAAUGAGAAAUUUACUUGUGAUAAGCCCUGUGGACGGAAGAAGAAUUGUGGAAGGCACCGCUGCAGUGAAAGGUGCUGUCCUCUUUCUAAUUCAAAUAAUCAUCUUUCAGGGGAUUGGGAUCCUCACUUGUGCUCCAUGCCCUGUGGGAAGAAAUUAAGGUGCGGGCAGCAUUCUUGUGAAUCGCUGUGUCACAGUGGCCACUGUCCUCCCUGCCUUGAUACAAUCUUUACUGACUUGACAUGUGCAUGUGGGAGAACUUCAAUCCCUCCUCCAUUGCCCUGUGGUACACCUCCUCCAUCAUGUCAGCUCCCUUGUUCGGUGCCUCAGCCUUGUGGACAUUCAUCUUCUCACAGCUGCCACUUUGGAGACUGCCCACCUUGUUCAGUGCCUGUAGCAAAGGAGUGCAUCGGUGGACAUGUGGUCCUCAGGAACAUUCCUUGUGGGUCGAGGGACAUUAAAUGUAACAAGCUCUGUGGGAAGAUGAGGCAAUGCGGUAUGCAUGCUUGCGGCAGAACAUGUCACCCACCGCCUUGUGAGUGUUCCUCGUCAGCAGAAGCCGGCUCAAAAUCUUCUUGUGGACAGAAAUGUGGAGCUCCUAGGAGAGAUUGCAGGCAUACAUGUACUGCACCUUGUCACCCUUAUGCUUCCUGUCCAGAUGCGAGAUGUGAUUUCCUUGUCACAAUUACUUGUUCUUGUGGCCGGAUAACAGCAAAUGUUCCUUGCGAUUCUGGUGGCAGCUCUGCUAGUUUUAAUGCUGAUACUGUGUUUGAAGCUUCCAUUAUCCAAAAGUUGCCAGUACCGCUUCAACCAGUUGAAGCCACCAACAAGAAGAUCCCACUUGGACAGAGGAAGCUCAUGUGUGAUGAUGAAUGUGCUAAGUUGGAGCGGAAACGUGUUCUUGCAGAUGCUUUUGAUAUAGUUCCUCCAAAUUUGGAUGCACUCCAUUUUGGUGAGACUACUGUUAUGUCUGAGUUGCUGUCGGACCUUUUCAGGCGUGAUCCAAAAUGGGUAUUAUCGGUGGAGGAGAGAUGCAAACAAUUGGUUCUUGGGAAGAGCAAAGGUGCUACAAGUGGCCUCCGGGUCCAUGUUUUUUGUCCAAUGCUGAAGGAAAAGAGAGAUGUGGUUAGGGUGAUUGCUGACAGGUGGAAGCUUGCAGUUCAAGCUGCUGGCUGGGAGCCCAAGCGUUUUAUUGUGGUACAUGCUACACCUAAAUCCAAAGUCCCAGCCAGGGUGCUUGGGGUUAAGGGUACCACCACAGUGAACGCAUCCCAGCCUCCAGCUUUUGAUCAUUUAGUAGACAUGGAUCCCAGGCUUGUAGUUUCUUUUCCAGAUCUUCCUAGAGAUGCAGAUAUAAGUGCAUUGGUAUUGAGGUUUGGUGGUGAAUGUGAGCUAGUCUGGUUGAAUGACAAGAACGCGUUGGCUGUAUUCAAUGAUCCUGCUCGAGCUGCAACUGCAAUGAGGAGGUUGGAUAAUGGUACACUCUAUCAUGGGGCUAUUGCUGUUCUGUCUGCGGCUUCAGCUGGUUCUAAUGCUUGGGGUGGAGGGGGAAUAGCCAAGGAAGGAGCCUAUACAGCACUGAAGGGUAAUGCGUGGAAGAAGGCUGUUAUUCGGGAGUCUUCUUGGAGAGAAGAUUCAUGGGGUGAGGAAGAGUGGUCUGGUGGUUCUGCAGAUGUGCAGGCAUCUGUGUGGAAAAAAGAAGCUCCAAUUGCCGCCUCCUUAAACCGCUGGAGUGUACUAGAUAGUGAAGUGGCUUUGGGAUCAUCUUCUGUAUCCCCCACAGUAGAGGACUCUGGAAAACAGACUGCUGCUCGUUUAAUUUCCAUGGUGGAAUCAAAUGCAAGUGGUUCAACUUCAUCAAAUGCAAGCGGUUCGACUUCAGCGGGGCAGCUUGGAGGAACUAUUACAGAAACAUCUGAAGUGGUAGAUGACUGGGAGAAGGCUUAUGAAUAAAAGAUGACGGCGAAUCGGUUUAUUUGUAGGACUUUGGAAAUUGGGGACUGAUAGGAAUGCCCUGCCCUUUUUUUUGUUUGGUAUGUGGGUAAAUUUUUAUUUGAACCCCAAAUAAUUGUUGAGUUAGCUGCAUUACAUUUUAGCUUGGCUGCGGUCAAAUUUUGUUGUGUUCUAGCGUUCGCUUUGAUUUCAUAUCUACUCCCAUUGAGAGUGGGACUCGUUACCUGUAGCUGCCUUCCAUAUGGUUGUGGAGGCUGCUUGUGUUGUUUCUGCUGUAUGGGAUAACAUGCAUCCUGUAAAUUCAUGAUUGUAUCGGAAGUGUAGCUUUCUAUAAAAGCAGAGCUAUAAUUACAUUUCAUUCUUCACUCAAAAA